AUGAGCGCCGUGUCGACACCUUGUGUUGAAAUGGAGCUACUGCAGCAGAUGAAGAAAAAGAAUUCGGCCUUUUUUUCCCCUCCGAAUUCGGACUAUGUUUCCCCUUCGAAUUCGGACUAUGUUUCCCCUCCGAAUUCGGACUAUGUUUCCCCUCCGAAUUCGGACUAUGUUUCCCCUCCGAAUUCGGACUAUGUUUCCCCUCCGAAUUCGGACUAUGUUUCUCUGAAUUCGGACUAUCUUUAUUACUCUCAGAACUAUCAUCAGAAGAUCCGACAGGACUGCGCAAACUUCAUGAGAGCCAACAGGUGUGACUUUGAGCCGUUUGUGGAAGGGUCCUUUGAGAAGUACUUGGAACGUUUGGAAGAUCCAAAGGAGACGGUGGGUCAGGUGGAGAUCAAGGCUCUCUCUCAGCUCUACAGGCGGUGCUUCCUGAUCUAUCGUUACCCCGGGAAACCAGCUACGGUCAUCUCGGAGAACGACUUUGUGGAUAAGGUAACCCUGUGCUGCUCCAUCAAUGGUCACUAUGAUAUAAUCUAUGGGAGGAGCUACCCAGCUUCAGCAGCGCUCUGCCAGUCUCUACUCUACGAGCUCCUCUACACUCGGGUAUUUGGUGUGGAGGGGGCGGAGCUCUGCCAGGCCAUGGAGGCCUUUAGGGCAGGAGGGCGUCGGUAUAGAAACAGCCCAUCUGUCUGCAGUGACGUUGAUGUAGGCUACGACGCACCGGAGGACCGAGCGCACAGAGAGGACGUGGAGGCGGGGGGAGCGGCAGAGGAGGGCAAGUUGGCCGCUGAGGCUCCUCCCACCUGCAGAUUGUCUUUGCCCUACAAGGUUUUGAAGUCUCUGGAUGGAGACGUUUACAGGAACCUAGAGUUUGACGUGUGGCAGGACACCUGCAAAGAGAUGCAGAAGACAGACUACAUGGUGUUUGCGGGACGGCAGUACUUCCUGGGAGACAAGUGCCAGGUCCGUUUGGAACCAAAGGGAAAGUACUACAACGCCUUCAUCCAGGAAGUAGGAACGCACUCAGCAGCAGUUACUGUGUUCAUCGAGGAGCUAGGAGAAAAACACCUAGUUCCACUGACGGAUCUCAAACCAGUAAACCCAGUUCCUGCGUGGAACGUGGCAGCUCCUGUUAGGAAGGGAGAGCUGGACCCAGAGUCUCGAGGUCAGCGACAUCAACGCCAUCGAUACUUUAGAAAGUCUCGAGGCAGCAAUGGCAUGAAGGGGGCAGAGUUACUAAUGCCACCACCGGUCUCUUAUGGAGGCGCUGUCCCCUCCUCUCUGCCCCCCCGCUUCCAGCCUGCAGGUCACCCACGUCCACCUCUUCCUCCCUCACCAGGGGCUGUAACAUUUGACCCCUAUGCCCCCCCACACCACCACCCUCCAGGGGCAAGAGCCUCACGCUAUGGAGUGUCAAGUUCUGCACGUUUCCUGAACCGACAACUGAUUGGUCCCCAGCUGUCAUAUUAUCACCCAACCAGGAGAUAUUACCAUGACUAUGAUAACUAUGCCUUCAGGUCCCGUCGCAGUCGGCGCCACUUGGUGGCUGUCAAUAAGGAAUGCCAGUUUGGGUUUCCAGCUGAGGCAGUGGACGAAUCGGCUGAUAUGGACCCCCCUGUUGCUUACUACCAGCUGGAAGAUUCCAAUGAAGGAGUCUUCCCUGCCUUGCCGGGCAAUGCUGUAGCUCCUCCUAACACCAUUGGAGAGUCAUCUCCUCCCAUUGGCUCUUCCUAUAGAGUUCAGAGGGCCUCAGGGGCCCUUCACCCGACAUCCCCCCCUGGAAACACCCUUUUAUGCUCCUCUGAGGAGGACCAGGAGGAUGUGAGCACAUUGGAGGACCAGACUGAGUACACAGAGGAGUAUGUAUACGGCGCUCAGGAUCAGCGCUACCAAACGUCAAGUGUUUACACAGCUGCUGAGGCCUCCUCCAACCAGGACGACAAGGAAAGGGGCUCAACAGACUCUCCAAGCAGGUCGGACAUAGCCUACUGCUACCCGCCACAGGUUGUGAAGCCGCUGCCGGUCAUCUGUUCCUCUCCUUCCUCCUCUUCCUCCUCCUCACCACCGUCGCCGUCUCGGGUCCCUGUUGCUCCUCACCUGCCACCAGCUGCUCACGCUCAGACACGCCAAGUUUCCAUGACGAUCUCUGCUGCUGCUCCCUGGUUGGUCAACGAGUUGGGCGAGCCUGUCUGCUCUGUGGUGACUCAGCCAUCUUACUCCUACGACCCAAACGGCAGUGAUUUACCCCGAGACUGCAGGGUUCUCCAGUACUACUACAACCUUGGAGUUCAGUGGUACCAUCAGAGCUUUUGGCAACAGCAACAGCAGCAGGUGUAUGCCCCCACCUCACCAGACCCGUCUUAUCCCUACCAGCACUACCCCCCCUACCUGAGCCAAGAGCCCCCUCCCCAUGUUGUGCCCCCAUCUUUCUCUGAGUCUGGCCGUGGAGCCCACCAACCCCCAUCCUCCUACCCAGACUCCUCUAGGGCAGCAGACGGACCGCUGGAGGGUCAUGGCAACGGACCCGCCCCCUCAGUGGAAGGACCUUCCAUGAACCCGGCCUCUCCAGGCUCCACACCUUCAGGACUCUACCCAGAUCAGACGCUCCCUCCCCCUACACUGCUGCAUAUCCCUUUCGAAGCGCCGCCCCCUGCUGGCUACUUACCUGCAGCUCCUCACCCUCCCCUUCAUCACCCUCCCCAUCAUCCCCCGUACCAUCCUUGUCUUCCCACUUCAGCCCACUGGGGAACACUCCCGACAUCAGGCCACGCCCCGCGGGUCUACUGCCCGGCCCCCAAUCCUACUCAUGUGGUUGGUUACAUCACUGCGCCGCACACACCAACGCACUACAUCCCCCCCACCAUGUAAAGAGCUUGUGGCCAACAGCACCAGUUACAGUCAGUGAGGCCAUGUCCUCAUAUUUUCUGCCCAUGAGGCAAUUUUCACAAAGUCCUGAAAAUGUUAUUUUGAAAAAUAUGUGCAGCGUGACAUGUUGGCAUCAGAUUCAAAUGCUGCCAUGGUUAGCUGUUAGCAUGCAGCUAACAUGACAGACCAUUCCUGCUUAUUAGAUGUUUUCACUUGUUAAAAAUAACUUGAAUAAGAUUUAUAUAAAAGUUGCUAAAAGAAUGCCAGUUAUCCCAGGGCUAACUAUUAGCAUGUUUUCUGUUUCAGGCACUUGUUCACCUCCAAAAUGUCUGCCUCAGUCACUUCCUGUUUAUAAUAGUCACUCUUAGAAAAUUGAGUUAUAGUUACAAGGUUGUUGGGUUUUGUUUCGAAGGAGAAGUUAAUACUUUGUUCUGAUCUUCAGCCAAUCAGAGCGUGGGAGGUGGGGCCAAUGUAGGCUGUGGCUAGUCCCUUAACUUUAUCAAGGGGUCUCUUUGUGUUUUCAUCAAAUUGGUGUCUAA